AUGAUUGUCUCCCUAUUCUUCCCAAAAAGGUAUCGAACACAGUACUCCAAACAGGAGAAAACGGGGUACCAGAUUCUUUCUGAGAUGGAAGAAGAAGCUCACUACCUCCCGCCUCAAGCUCAUUCACAUUCCGUCUCCAGGAGAAAAAUAGUAACCAUCGGGGCAUUGGUACUAUUUCCAUUCUUGUUAGGAGCCGAACUUAUCUUGCUUUUGGCUCCUCCUCGCUAUCCUUGGUUCACACAGCAGGAUUGCAACUGUGGGAGCUCCAUCAAAGAGGCGCUGGAGAAAGGCUGCAAAUAUGAUCCGAUGGCAACCUCGUGGCUUCCAUCUAUAUGCCGUGACGAUGAGUUAAUCGACGAAUUUAAUCACGCAGGUCCUGGCCAGGAUGGGGCAUGGGCAUAUUAUACGGACCAGAGUGGCAACCGAACGAUGACUCUGGAGGAGGUAGCGCAGCUGGCGGAGAAGAAGGGCGAUGAGGCAGCGUUCUGGACGACUCAUGAAUGGCACCUCGCACACUGCCUGUUUUACUGGAAGAAGGAAUCGCGCGCGCGCAAGUCUGGGAAGGUGAUGAUUGAGAAGAGCUUUGAGGGGGAAUACCAUGUUAAACAUUGCGCCGAGGUCUUUCAAAGCUGUCGACCUCUACAGGAGAUCAACACACGGUCUUCGGCGGGCCUUAACUCAGAUAUAAUGACAUAG